GUUCAAUCAGUGACGUGGAUUUGCAUUGAGGCAGGAAAAAAAAUCACUCAGCAGGUUUUCAGACCAUUUCCACAAACUUUCUGCAUUUUUACAAGAUAGACGUUCGUUUCGUGUCCGUCGUUGGUCGAAUCCCAGGACAGUUUUGUCGCAGUUUCAUAACAGACUCCAGUAUGAGUAAAAACAGCAAAGUGCUGAACCUGAAGGAUAAAAUCAGCGGUAAUGAGGUGGACCUGAGCCUGUGUAACCUCACUGAGGUGCCAGUCAGAGAGCUGGCUUUAUUUCCCAAAGCAACUGUUGUGGACUUGUCUUGUAAUAACAUUACCUCCCUUCCUCCAGAGUUCUGCAGCCUGACUCACCUCGUUAAGGUGGAUUUGAGUAAAAACCAGCUAACCUGUCUGCCUGACGACCUGGGGAGCCUGAGCAACCUUCAACAUUUGGAUUUGUACAACAACAAGCUGACUGUGCUGCCCGUCAGCUUCUCCCAACUCAGAGGUCUGAAGUGGUUGGAUCUGAAAGACAACCCUCUGGAGCCUGACCUGGCCAAGGCAGCAGGAGACUGCCUGGAUGAGAAGCAGUGCAAACAGUGUGCCUCCAAGGUUCUGCAGCACAUGAGAGCCCUUCAGGAAGAAGUGGAUCAUGCACGAGAGAAGCGCCUUUUGAGAGAAAAAGAGCUGGAGAGGAAGAGAGAGGUGAAGCAGAGGGAGCGGGAGGCCAAAGAGAAGGAGGCUCGCAAACAAGAAAAGGCGGAGGAGAAGGAGAAGAGGAGGAAAGAGUACAAUGCCCAGAUGGCAGCCUUGGCUGCAAAGGAACAACAGAAAAAGAAGAACGAGCAGAAGAAGAAAAAGAACAGACAAGCAGCAGGUGCAGAUAAGAAGGUCGUUGUGGAAUCGGGACCUAAACCUCGACUUUCUCUCAUCGGCCUGUUGUUCAAACUCCUCCUGCUUGUGCUGCUGGGAUUAGCCGGAGUCGCCGCUGCCUGUCGGCUGACCGACCUGCAGAAGGAAGCCAUGUGUGUGCCUGUCAACUUCGCUGUGGAUGACGGCCUGUUGUGGGCCAGAGAGCAAGAGGGUGUCGUCAGACAGCUGGUGCACAACUUGUCAUCUGCUGCAAAGGAGUUUCUUCAAUCGAGUCAAACAUCAAAAUAACUGCAGCCUCACUUGCCUCCAUUGAAAACUCAGGUCUGCAGGUUUUUUUUACUCUCACCUGAGAAUUUCUCUUUCUUUUUUUAUUAUGCUGAAAUCAUGAUUCUUGUUAAGAUGGAUAAAAGUGCAUGUCCUCAUCCUGUUUGUGGUGCUGGGAGCUGAAGUGUCUGUACAGCUAGGACGGAGGGGGGCGGACAAAUGUGUUGAAAUCAUCUUAAAUUCCUAUGGAAUUGUUUUUGUGCUUGUUUCCUCUUUUCUUUUUUUUUUUAAUGUCAGGUGGUUCUGUCUGUGCUGCACAUCAGCCAGUCAAUGUCAGAUGUGGCAUUCUAAGCAUGUGCAGUGAAGGCUACAUGAAUGUAGAGCUCUCUCACCUUAACCUUCACCUGUCUUUGUGAAACUGUGUGUGUGUGUGUGUGUGUGUGUGUGUGUGUGAGUGAAGCAGCUAAGAUCACAGCUAAUAAAAACUGUCUGCCAUGCAAACUAGAGCCUGACUGACACACAAGCAGAUUUGAUCUUUUCAUGGAAUCAUCAGGCAUACGUUUUAUGGAAUUAAUUCCGUAACAUUUCAGCUGAUGACAAACCAGGGCUCGCAUCAAACACACGCCAAGACUCAGUUUGUCCAUCGGAGAGCUGUCUAGUAAUUACUGACUGUAUCAUGGUCACAACUCUUUGUUAAUAAACUUUUUAAAGUGA